AUGUUGGUGCGAGAGCCCGGAGACCCCCGGGGAGCCCAGCCCACACCCCGAGACCCUUCCUCUGGUGCCGGUCACAGCACGACCUGCCCAGCCCUCAGCAUGAUGAUGACGGCGCAACAAGGCUGGCGUCCCACCACUAUCCUGGGCGAGUGGACCUACGUCGCCGGUGCCUCCAAGUACCCCCCUCACCUGAAAGAGCUGAAGGAGAUUAAAUACGCGACAUUCUCCUUCUCCCCCGGCCGACACGAGAACGAGCUCAACACCACCGAGAUCAUGAGAGUGAACGAGACGUGCGUGAGGACGAACAGCAGCAAGAUCCUGAUCUUCCAGCACAACUCCACCCUGAUGCACGUCUAUGAACAGGUGCAUUCCACGGCCCACCUGAUCCAGACCGACAAGGACCUGCUGCUCCUGCAGCACCGCAACGGCAACGUCCCGGGUCUGAGCCUCUCGGCGCGGACACUCAACGUGAGCAAGGAGCAUCUGGAGGAGUUCAAAGCCCACCUCCACUGCCUUGGCUUCACCGAGGACGAGGUGUUCUUCGUGUCCGAAAAGGUCCGAGCCCUUCCCGAGGCCAUGGCCAGGGUCAUCACCAUCCUCGGCCUCGUGGCACUGAUGCCCGCGACCGCCGUCCCCUGCAGAGCCCCGCGCCUGGACAACACCACGGCAUCGAAGCCCGGUGCCGGGGACCGGGAGCUGCUCGUCACCCAGCACGUGGCCGCGGGGGACCAAUGUCUGACCAACAACUCCACCUACUUCGAGGUCGCUGCCGGUGACGCCAUGCUGGUGAAGCACGCCGAGCGCCAUCAAAUCAUGGGGACACUGAUGAACCUCAGCUCUGAAGAUGUUUUACUCAUCCAGUACCAACCGCAGGGGGAGAGGACGUAUUUGGGACUGUAUCUCUACGCCCGAAACCUGAGUGCGAGCACAGCCCACCGGGAAGAGUUCGAGCGCCGCGCCAAGUCCCUGGGGCUGAGCGAAGAGCGGAUCGUGUACGCGCCAUGGAAAAGGACUUCUCCCCAGCGCCCGCUGGCACGUGAAGAGCACUGGCUCAGCAGCGGGGUCUGCUGA